AUGGCGUCGUCCAGUCGAAACCCCGAAGCAAUGGAGGAGGACACUUUACGAUUUCGGAUUGAGGAAGAAGACUUAGAAGCAGUUCUGGUUUCAACGGGUGAUGGGGAAGAAGGAAUAGAUGACCGGUGGUGCUUGGUUGGCAAAUUCCUAUCAAAUCGAGUUAUUGAUUUUGAAAAAAUACAGAACAUACUCGCUUCUUUAUGGCAACCAGGGAUGGGGAUGUUCGUUAAACAAUUGGAUACUAAUCGAUUUUUAUUCCAAUUCUAUCACGAAGUUGAUAUCCAACGCGUGAUCAAUGGAAGUCCUUGGACUUAUGAUCGAAUGCAAUUGAUAAUUGAAAGGCUUAAUGUUGGUGGAGAUCCAAAGUCACUACCUUUGAAUACUUUGGAUAUUUGGGUUCAAUUACACAAUGUGGAACCAGGUUUCAUGACCGAAACUACUCUCCGAAAAGUUGGGAAUACAAUGGGAAAAUACUUGGAAUCUGAUCCUAAGAAUUUCAUUGGAGUAUGGAGGGAUUAUCUUAGGAUGAGGAUCACUCUCAAUAUUGAAAAACCAUUACGCAGGCGUUUGAAGAUCACAAAGGAUGAUGGGACUUGGUUUUGGAUAAAUUUUAAAUACGAGAGGACUCCUACAUUCUGUUUUAUCUGUGGCAUAAUAGACCAUUCAGACAAAUACUGUCCCAAAUUGUUUAAUCAGCCGAUUGAUCAGAUAGCAAAACCGUAUGGUGAAUUCAUGAAAGCUUUACCUCCACAAAACCACAAGAAUGUUGGCUCACGGUGGCUUCGAACCAAAGGUUGGACUCCGACAGUGGCGAUGGCAGCUCCGGCAGCUGGGAAUGGAGAAUCCUCAUCAGUCAAUGCUGAAGAUUUUUCAGCACCAAAUCCGGCCGUGAAUGUGGCAGCAGUUCAAGGUAAUAAUUAUGCUAAUUUGGGGGGAUUUAAUGAAGAUAGUCGGUCUGUUGUAAGAGGAAAUCAAGGGAGAGAAAUUGUUCAAAAUAAGGAAAGUGAUAUCAUUAUUUAUCAUGAUAAUCCUAUGCUCUAUGAUAGUAAAAAACGAAAGGUGGAAAAUGAGCAUAAAGGAGGGAAUGCUGAUGUGGAAAAAACAAUGGGAAAUAUUUCAAAAAACUUAUCUUUGGCAGGCCUUGGCAAUGGGGCUCGCCAAUCAUUAUGA